AUGGCUGAUAGUUUAUGCAGUCCGUUGGCACCGUGUAGGUGGCCGGUGCAUCUUUUGGCUGGAUCAGUGGCUGGUCUUGCCGAACAUUGCCUCAUGUUUCCAUUCGAUUCAGUGAAAACUCGAUUACAAAGUUUAUGCCCAUGUCCAGAAACAAGAUGUCCAACAGCAAUGCAUAGUCUUUUAUCAAUGGUGAAACGCGAAGGUUUGCUGCGAUCACUGAAAGGAGUCAAUGCUGUUGUAUUUGGUAGCAUUCCGGCUCAUGCUUUGUAUUAUACGGUUUAUGAAAAUUCCAAAGCUUAUUUGCUAAAUAAUCCGCGCGUAUCUAGUUCGACGUCGUAUGCGAUAUCCGGAACGCUUGCUACUGUUGUCCAUGAUGCUGUUAUGAAUCCUGCUGAGGUAGUGAAACAACGCAUGCAAAUGAUUUUUAGUCCUUACGGUAAUAGUCUAGAAUGUAUACGCUGUAUCUAUAUUCGAGAGGGUUUCAAGGCUUUUUACCGUUCAUAUAUUACGCAGCUAACACUGAAUAUACCGUAUCAGUGUACACAUUUUAUGAUAUAUGAAUAUAUGCAAAACUUACUAAAUCCUCAUCAUAAUUAUAAUCCCUCUUCUCAUCUUGUUUCCGGAGGAAUUGCUGGUGGAAUAGCUGCAGCUAUCACAACUCCUUUUGAUUGUGUAAAGACUGUUUUGAAUACACAACAAACUCCCCGCCUUAAUACGACGUAUCGAUUGCUCACUCAGAACGGACAUACAGCAUAUUACAAAGGACUGGCUGACGGGGUUCGGACGAUCUAUUAUCUUCGAGGCACAGGUGGAUUCUUCCGUGGACUUCAGGCUAGAAUAAUAUUCCAAGUUCCUUCCACAGCACUCAGCUGGUCUGCAUAUGAAUUGUGCAAAUACAUGCUUUCUGUGCGAAGUUGA